AGUACUAAAAUCUUCAGUGCCUCCUCAGUAAGUAGAAAAGUUGGAUUUGUUUGGGUUGGUGCUGUUCACAACGCUGCAACAAAUAUUAAUUUUAAUUGAUAUUCUCUCGAAUAAUUCAAUCAAAUUCCUCAGCAGUGCUCUCUACAACUGUCCAGCAAUCCGAAGAAUUUUUUUUUGCAGUGAAAUCACUUCAAUUGAUUGACAAGAGUGAAGGAAUAUAUAGUUGAGCAACAAUGGCUUCUUGUGGAAUAAUUUGCGUCAAAUACUUGAUGUUUCUCUUCAAUCUUCUCUUUGCUCUCACUGGACUUUUAAUUUUGACUGUUGGAGCAAUUAUCCAAUCAUCUUACCAUCACUAUUCAAAUUUUGUGGAUGAUAGUGUUUGGGUGGCUCCGAUACUUCUCAUCAUUGUGGGAUCAAUUGUCUUCAUCAUUGCCUUCUUCGGAUGCUGCGGUGCUGUCAAGGAGAACUCUUGCAUGGUGCUGACCUUCUCUGUGUUCCUCAUCAUUAUUUUCUUACUUGAAUUUGGCAUUGGUAUAGCUGGCUAUGUUAAGCAUGGCCAAUUGGAAGAUAUCCUCGAGAAGGGCUUCAAUUCCACCCUCCACAACUACAACAAAAAUGUCGAUUCUCAACAUGCCUGGAGUCUCAUUCAGAGUGAAUUGAAGUGUUGCGGAAUUCGUGGACCAUCUGAUUGGGAACAGGUUUUCCACAAUUCAACCUUGCCAGCCUCGUGCUGCGUUCAGAUGCCAGCCAAUGAGCCUGAAUGUACAAAGGAGUACUCCCUGAAGAAUGGAUGCAUGCCCGAACUACUGGCCCUGCUGCAGAAGAAUGCCCUCAUUUUGGCUGGAGUUGGAAUUGGCAUUGCUAUUAUUCAACUGUUGGCAGUUUGUUUCGCUUGUUGCCUGUCCAGGGCAUUCAAACGGAACUACGAAGCGGUUUAAAGGCAGUGGGAAAGGAUUGGAUAUGGGAGAAAAGCGAGAUCAAAUUAUUUGUAUUAAUUGAUCACGCAGAAAAAUCAAUAUCAUUUUUUUCGUAAAAAAAAACUUUGAUAAUCUCGCAAAAAAAAACUCGAUUAAAAAGUUUCAAAAAAAAAAAAAACAUAAAAAUAUGGAUUCAUUGAAAAAAAAAAGAAUACAUUUGCAUCCGCGUUUUAAGCUCUAACAAAAAUCAUAAAGGAAUAUUUGGAUUAUUAUGAUCUUGAAUUGAAUUUUGAUGGUGGAUUGGGGUAUUUUUGAGAGUGAAAACGAAAGGAUUUAUUAGUUUAUCUUAUUGGAAGUCAAAGGAUAUAUUUUGCAAAUGUUACAUAUUUAUACACAAUACCUUAUAUUUGAUAGAGAUAUUCUAUGUGUAAGCUUGAAUUUAUUGAAUUUUUGCAUUGAAGAGCUCCUCAAUUUUAUUUUUUUUUAUUUUUCUCUUCAGCACUGAUUUUGAAUAAAGAUUUUUUUUUAAUUUUAAAUUUUAAGUGGCUAUUUCUAUUCGUUUGUGAUAAAUUCAUUUUUUUUUAAUAAAUGUACAUUUAUUUUUAUUCAAAAAUCUGGUAAUUGGGACCAUUUGUGCACGGAGCAAACAUUUUUAAACUGAAGGAUAAAGGAAAAAACACUCUUAAAUGACAAAGAAAAAAAAAGACAUUUUCUAUAGGUUCUUUUACUAAAAGAAGAUUUAUAAAAAAUAAGAUUUUAUGAAUAAGUUGAGCUCUUCAUUAAUGUGAACACUGAUUUUAACGUAUAGUUCUAGUCCAAUAAGGGUUCUUCUUUUUUUUAAAUAUUUAUUUUUUAAAUCUUUUAUUUACAAACAAUUUGAAUUUUUUUCCAUUUCAUCAAAAUAAUUACAAUACAUCAAAGAAAAAUAAAUGUCAAAUGCAGGAAAAUAUGCGAAAAAGAAUAUUUUCUCAGGGCGUUUUUUGAUAUUAAAAAAUUUACAAGAGACAAAAAAACUGGAAAUCUCUGAGAAAACGAAUUUUUAAAAGGUUUCUCUCUUUAAUUUUUCCUCAAUUCUUUUUUUCGAAAUAUAUUUUUUGCAAUUUAAAUAUAUUUAAGAAUAAUCAAGCUUUUUGAAAUAAUGUGAAACGAUAUUUGAAAUAAACUGAGGAAUAUUGUGCCUCUUUUGUAAGCAAGACAUUUUGUAGGAUGUCGAAAGAGCAAUUUACUAUUGGUAUAAUCACACAAUAUACAAUUCAAAAAAAAAAUACGUGUAUUUAAGGUAAGCUCAUAUACAUAGCUUGAAAGCUAAUUAAGGAAAUGAUAUUCAAAAAAAAAAAAAAGAAAGGAGAUGAUAAAAAACUCAUUUAAUGGAAAUAAUCUGUCCAACAUAUUGAUGUUCAUUUUUAAUCUCAAGAGAAAUGUAAGUCAAUCUCAAUAAGAUUUGCACUAAUUUUAUUCCAAAAAAGAAAUGUGGUAUUUUUUUUCUUUUUGAAGUGAUUCUUUUCAUUGGAAAGGAGCUAAAGAGAUUGUUGCAAGUGGAUUUGUUGAUGAAGAAAAGAAAGAAGGCAAAGAAAAGCAAAAUCAAAUUCUCGAUUUUUUUUUAAACUUUACACCACAUUCUAAUGUUAAUCGUAAACCUUUGUACUGUGUAAAAUUUUAUAAGAAGCAUUUUUUGGUGUAAAUUUUAUGUGUAUUAUAUCCAUACAAAAUAAAUAUAUCCCUACACAAA